AUGGAUUCUAGAUUCACGCAUCCCCUCCUCUCAUCCUUCGCCGACUCCCUCGAUGAGUCUCUGGCUAGCGACGCGGACCUCGAGAGGGGUGAGCUGCAUCCCCACAAGCCUGCCUCCCAUCCCGUGCGGAGGGUCUCUGCCCUCAGGAUCUUAUGCAUCGGACUAGCGCUUAUGGUCUCAGCCAGCCUCUACUUUGCGGUUCAGUUCGCUACCAUCAACGUGCGCCCUUGCGGGAGCACAAGCGUCAACGCAAGCCUGCCGGAAGUGCGCCUGAAGCGCAUGGUGCUUCCCUGGUUCUUCAACUGGAAGACUGCACAAGGCGUCGCCUCGGAUGCCAAGUACCUGUACUUCUCCGGACGAAACAGCAUUCGCAAGAUCAGGAUCGACAGGUUCGCAACGACUGUGCGGAACAACCCCAGCGCCAUCCCUCAGGAGCUCGUCGCCAACGACUACGAUCACCUCGGCGACAUCAGCAUGUACAAUGGCAAGAUCAUCGCGCCCGUCGAAGACAAGGCAUGGGUGAGGCCGAUCAUAGUCGAGUACGACCCCAAGAACCUCUCGGCGGUUAGGUCGCAGAGGGUGCCUUCGCAACGCCACCUGCCAUGGGCAGCAGUGAAGGAGGACGUGCUCUACUCCUCGGAGUCUCCGGUCGCUCGGGAGAUCAAGCGGUACCGGUGGCCGACCCUAGAGCCUCUCCCUCCUAUCAAAACCAACACAAUUCGAGGAGCACAAGGAGGAGAGUUCGACACGGCGGGAAGCGGGAACCUCUUGCUGUCUGCAAGCUAUGCGGAUGAGCAAGGAUGCAACAUGUACGAGUACGACAGCAAGACCUGGAAGCUCGUGCAGGCAUACUCGCUGAGCACACCACUGAAGUUUUUCGAGCUGGAGGGGCUAACGAUUUUACCAUCUCAUCUGGCGCUGACAGCGAAUCUUUACGAUCUUUUCCAAGCCAUCAUUGUGUUGGAUCGAUCGGAGUCCUGA